AUGGGCUCCAUCCCUACUCCUGACCCAGUCCGACUGGCUAUCCUCGUUACCGAUGAGCCGCUGCCUAGCGUAUCGGCUAAGCUAGGCCGCUUCGACACCAUCUUCACGACACUUCUCAGAAAUGCAUGCGAAAGCCUUGCCCCACGGCAGGCGCCGGAGUCCCAGCUCGCGCUGACUUCGUACAACGUGGUGGCUGAAGACGGUGUGGAUGCCGCUUACCCCGAGCCUGAGGAUGUCGAUGCCGUGCUCAUCACGGGAUCUCGACAUUCGGCUUACGCGGACGAUGAAUGGAUUGUGAGGCUGACGGCUUUCACCCGGAGGCUUCUGGAUGAGGGCCGUGUCCGCGUCAUUGGUGUUUGCUUCGGGCACCAGAUCGUUGCUCGCGCCCUUGGUGCACAGGUUGCUCGGUCUCCCGGAGGUUGGGAGCUGUCUGUCACGAAGCUGGAGUUGACAGACGAGGGCAAGGAAGUGUUUGGAUCUGAGAGCCUGAUCCCUAGAUCCCAAGCUAUGCUGACCAUGAGGCAUUGA